AUGCCUCCCCCUUCGCUGGCACAACAGAAGAUCCUCCUCGCACAGUUCGUUUCCCUGACUGGGGUCUCGGAACGUCAGGCGACUCGGUAUCUCAAGUCAACCGGCUACAAGCUCAAUGAGGCCGUUGAUGCACUUGGUUCCUGGCUGCCGACUCUCCACCCGAGACGACGACAACGACGACGACGAAGAGACCAGACAACCAAGACCCAGCAGUUCAGGGACGCAUGCAUCCCGUGCAUCGGGCCUAGAAUGAUGCUGGGUUGGAAAGGCGUCAAACAACAUCUGCCGUCUAAAGUCGCAAAGGCGUUGCUGUCCAAGAAAAAGCGGGAGAAGCAUGGCGCAGAUGGCUCUGCCAAGGAGGAUCCUGGACGUUUGUCCCAUAAGCUUACCAUUCUGAUAGAUGACGAAAAUGAUGAAAAGGACAAGCUGGAGCUGGAGUCUACCAUGGGCUACCUAAGCGAGAAACUUAAUGUCAGCUUAGAAAACGCUGAGCUUUUCGUGGUCCUGGAGCUUGUGCAAGCCCCUAGUGUGGGCGAAAUCACCAGAGCCGGAUUUAUCGACGGUUGGAAGGCAAGCGGCGAAAUACUCAUGGUUGGUAGGGCUGGGGCGUCGCACCAAGAGCACGCUUCUUAUGUACGGAAGCUCAUCUCCGAUCUGUCAUCAGAUAGCGCUUUGUUCAAGAAAGUCUACAGGUACGCCUUUGUCGCUGGCCGCGAGAAGGACCAAAAGUCCUUGGCCCUGGAAAAUGCUCUCAUCUACUGGAGCAUGCUGUUCUCGGCCCCGGGUAUGGCAUGGAAAGGCAAACACGACUGGCUGGAGCUGUGGAAGACGUUUUUGGGCGAGAAGUGGACCAGAUCCGUUAACAGGGAUAUGUGGAACAUGAUCUUGGAGUUCGCCCUGAAGACUAUCAAGGACGAGUCAUUAUCAUUUUGGAAUGAGGAUGGCGCAUGGCCAAGUGUCAUUGACGACUUUGUUGAUUGGUGCAAGCAGAAGGGCAUUGGGAAGUCUGAGACUAUGGAUGUCGAUGACCAGUGA